CUCGGGACCGCGCCCAGAAGGAACGUGCGCGGCAACGGGAGCGACGAAUCCUCGGGAAAAAAAAAUCAAGGAAUAAGGAGAUAUGGAUGAUUUUAAUCGACAGGUGAGGGAGUUACUGAGCUGGAAGAAGAUGGAGCAUGGUCCUACGGCAACUCCACUGUUGCAUGACCGAUUUGAGAGGAUACAAGUUCACGGUGAUGUUUUAAGAUACCAGGGGAACUCUGGUGAUGUUGGCUGCUUCGUGGCUUCUCAACCACUGCCCAAGCACAACAAUUACUUUGAGGUUGUUAUCACAGACAGUGGUGUGCGAGGUUCCAUCGCAGUGGGAGUUGUUCUCUAUGAUCAUAACCUGACCGAGCAGCCUGGCUGUGCCUCAUGUUCUGCUGGUUACCAUGCUGAUGAUGGAAAGUUGUACAUUGGACAUGGAGUCACACAGCAAGUCUCUGACAAAUGUCACACUGGGGACAGGAUUGGCUGUGGAUCGAGAGAGGACACAGAUGGACAGCAAAACCAAGAGAGUGCCAGCCUUUUCUUCACCAGAAAUGGAAAAGAGGUUGGCAGUGCGAUCGUUCCAGUGCCACUAGAGAGCCUGUACCCUGCUGUUGGGAUGCACUCAAUUGGAGAGGAAGUGCAGCUGGACCUGUUGGCAGAGUGGGCUUCAAACGAGGAAGACAACUUAAUGAUGGUGGAUAACCACGAAGAUGACUGGGCUCGGUUACAUGACAUGAAGCUCUCGGGUUCAGUGCUCGAGUAUGCAGGGAAAGGGAAAAGCAUUAUGGAUGUGGGACUCGCACAGGCCAAGCUGCCCCUGAGCACCAGGAGCCACUACUUUGAGGUGGAGAUUGUGAACCCGGGUGCGAAGUGCUACAUUGCCGUGGGCGUAGCAAGAAAGGAUUAUCCCAAGCAGAGGCACCCAGGAUGGAGCAAGGGCUCGGUGGCAUACCAUGCAGAUGAUGGGAAGAUUUUCUAUGGGAAUGGAGUGGGACACCCAUUCGGUCCACGCUGUCACAAGGGAGAUAUCAUGGGCUGUGGAAUCAUGUUCCCACGGGAUUUCCACCUGGACAGUGAAGGAGAGUGUGGCACUUAUGGGAAAGAGGAUCUCCAGCAAAGCAAGGACACAGGAAGGCAGCCCACACGGGCCAUCUUACACUGCACAGACUCUGAGGAUGACGAUGACGAUGACGCAGAGGGAUGUCGAGACAGCCAUCACCGGGCGCAGAAAGCUGUGGUGUUUUUCUCCCGGAAUGGAAAGAUAAUUGGGAAGAAGGAGAGUCGGAUCCCGCCUGGGGGUUUCUAUCCUACCAUCGGGAUGCUGAGCUCGGAGGAGAAAGUGAAAGUCGAAUUUCAGCCGCUCAGUGGCUGAGGUGAGCCUCAAGGACAGGAGCCCAGACCCAAAGGAUGAGAAUAUAUCCUGAAACUGAAACUUCAAACCUUGCUCCCGCGCGACUGUGUUGUAAUGCUUGGGCUUUGCGUUAAGACAACACCAUUUCAUCCCAUUCUCCUUGUACAGUCAGUGUGAUGUUAAUGGCCAGCACAUUGCCCUCAGUAAUGUGGGAAACUAUGGGAUGGAUUUUGCCAAGGCGUUCAGGAUCUCAAAGUUAGCCUCAAAUCUGAUUGGAUACCUGGAAGGACAUAUGACAACAUGCCACUUGCCAGCUUCCCAGAAGCAGCCAAUCAAGAUGCUGUCUCAAGGCCCAAUGCAGAACAUGGGAGGUCCAAUUUAAGUUUAUAAGACCAUGAGGAAUAGGAACAGGAGGCCACUCAGCCCCUCGAGCCUUCUCCACCAUUCCAUAGGAUCAUGGCCAACCCAACAUUCCUCAUGCCCGUUUUGCUGCCCUUUCCUUGAAACCUUGGAUUGCGAGACUGAUCAAUAAUCUAUCUCAGCCUUAAAUAGACACGAGGGCUUUGCGCCCCCCCCAUUAGAUCUCUGUGGCAGGAGUUUCAAAGAUUCACAACCCUCUGAGAGAGGAAACUCCUCCCCAUCUCGGUCUUAAAUUAGUGCCCCUUUAUUCUGAGACUGUGCUCAGGUGGGGUUUUCCUGAGAAUCAACAUCAUUAGACUCUUAAUUCCAGAUUUUUAUUGAGCUGAAAUUCCACCAUCUGCCAUGGCAGGAUUCAAACCCACAUCACCAGCCACAAAUUCCCCUCUGCUCCCUUGUCUGCCUUCUGCAGGGACUAUUCUCUCCGGGACACCCUGGACCACUCUUCCUUCGCUCCCAAACACCCAACUGCCCCACAGCACAUUCUAUAACCAGCGAAGGUGCAACACCUGCCCAUUUACCUCCUCCCUCCCCAGUAUCCAAGGGCCCAGACAUACCUUCCAGGUGAAGCAGCACUUCACCUGCACUUCCCACAAUCUAGUCUACUGCAUUCGCUGCUCACAACAUUUAAGUUCUGCUCACAAAAAAGACCCUCAGCUACCCGUUGCCUGCCACUUUGAUGCACCACCCUGCUCCCUGGCCAACACCUCUGUCUCUGGCUUGCUGCAGUGUUCCUGCAAAGCCCAACACAAGCUGAAAACCCAAAGGUUGCAGGAACAGCAACUCAUAUUCCGCUUGGGAAUCCUGCAGCCCAAUGGUAUCAAUGUGGAUUUCACCAGCUUCAAAAUCUCCCCUUCCCCCACUGCAUCCCAAAGCCAGCCCAGCUCGUCCCCACCUCCCUAACCUGUUCUUCCUCUCACCUAUCCCCUCCUCCAACCUCAAGCCGCACCUCCAUCUCCUACCGACUGACCUCAUCCCGCCUCCUUGAACUGUCCCGUCCUCUGCGGACUGACCUAUCCCCUCCCUAGCUCCCCACCUAUACUCUCCUCUCCACCUAUCUUCUCUUCUCUCCAUCUUCGGUCCGCCUCCCCCUCUCUCCCUAUUUAUUCCAGAACCCUCGCCCCAUCCCCCUCUCUGAUGAAGGGUCUAGGCCUGAAACGUCAGCUUUUGUGCUCCUGAGAUGCUGCUUGGCCUGCUGUGUUCAUCCAGCUCCACACUUUGUUAUCUUGUUACCCCACAGCCUCCCACUACACUCCCCUGUUGUUAGUCACUGACAGUCCCCAUUAACAACUAUUCACCCUCCCAGCCUGAUCGUUAGCAACUCCUCUGUCUGUCCAACUGUGUUUCUCUCUCAUCAGGCUCUAUACUUUAUCCUACCAUUUACUCCCUUACUCAUUUGACUCCCUAUUUUUUACAUACAAGCCAGCUACCAUCAGUUCUGAGGAAGAGUCACUGAACCCAAAAAGUUAACUCUGUUUUUUCCUUCACAGAUGUUGCCAGACCUGCUGAGCUUUUCCAGCAACUUCUGUUUUUGUCCCCAGGACAUUACUGGUGUCUUUAGAUUAACAGUCCAGUGAUAAUACCACAAGAACAUUGCCUCCCUCUAAAGGAGUAACAAGGUGUGGGGCUGGAUGAACACAGCAGGCCAAGCAGCAUCUGACGAGCAGGAAGGCUGAUGUUUCGGGUCUGGACCCAGGCCUGUUUAAUCUUUGAUCAUGAGACAAUCCCUCGACACCAGGGAUCAUCCGAGUGAACUUUCCCUCGACUGACAUCAAUAAAAUGAUAUCUUUCCUUAAGUAAUGGGACCAAAACUGCUCACAGUGUUCCUGAUGUGGUCUGCCCUGCACCUUGUCCAGCUGGCUGUAAGACAUCCUUACUCUUAUAUUCCAACCCACCUGGAAUAAGGGGUCAACGUUCAAUGAGCCUUCCUGAUUACCUGCUGCCUCUCUGUGCCAGCUUUCUUUUGUGCACAUGUCCCCCUGAGUCCCUCUGUGUUACAGCUUUCUGCAGUUUUUCUCCAUUUCAAUGAUACCCUUUCUUUUGCUCUCCUUUCCAGAGUGAACAACUUCACAUAUUCCUACAUUGCACUCCAUUUGCCAACUCUUCGCCCACUUACUUAACCUAUCAAUAUCUCUCUGUAAACUGUUUCUAUCCCUUUCACAACUUGACUUUCCUGUUUUUGUGUCAUCUGCAAAUUUGGCUGCAGAACAUUCACUUCCUUCCUCCAAGUCAAUAAUACAUAUUGCAAACAGUUGCAUUCCCAGCACUGAUCCCUGUGGAACCCCAUUGGUCACAGGUCACUAACCUGAAGAGGAACCCCUUGUCCCUAUUCGCUAAUUCUCUGUCCAUGCCAAUAUACAACCUCCAACACCCCUGGGCUUAUUCAAUACCAUUUCACUUGGUGAUUAUACUUUUCUUGAGUUCUUCCCUUCCUUCUGUUCCCCAAUUGCCAGCUUUCUCUGUGAUAGGAAUUGGAUCCUCUACAGUGAAGACUGAUGUAAAAUAACUUCAUUAGUUCAUUAAGGGCAGGCCAUGGUCUAGUGGUGUUAUCAUUUUGCUAUUAAUCCAGAGACCCAGUUAAAGUUCUGGGGACUCGGGUUGAAAUCCCACCGCAGCGGAUGGUGGAAUACGAAUCUAAUAAAUGGAAGUAAGAAUCUAAUGACAGCCAUGAAUCUGUUGUUGACUGUCGGGGGUAAAACCCACCUGGUUCACUAAUAUCCUCUAGGGAAGGAAACUGCCAUCCUUAUCUGGUCUGGCCUACAUGUGACUCCAGACCCACAGCAAUGUGGCUGACUCUGAUACUGUAUUCUGGGUAAUUAGGAAUGGGCAAGAAAUGCUGCCUGAUCAGUGAUGCCCUCAUCCCAUGAAUGAACAAAAUAAAAAUCAUCUGCCAUCUCUGUAUUUUCUAUGAUUAACUCCCCAGGCGGACUUUCUCCAGGGCUAGUACUCAAUUUGUUAAUCCUUUUCUCUUUUUAAAUAUCCUUUGAAAUUCUUACUCUCUGUUUUUACAUUUCUCUCAUCCUUUAUUAAUCCUUAUUAAUCCCUCUUUAUUAAUCUUUUAGUCACUUCUUGCUUUUAUUUACUAUUGAUUAACCUGCUAACUUACAUUGUGCAUUUAUUGGCAUUCUCUUGAAGUUUGAUGUUGUCUUUCGCAUUUUUAGUGAGCCGCAGUCAGUGGGACUUUCCCCUGGAAUGUUUCUUUCUCAAUGGAAUGUUAUGACUGUGUUGGAGGAAUGCGUUGAGAAUCCAGUUCUAAUUCUCUGCCACUUAUACCUUUUAUGUAAAUGUUUCAACUCGUUAUCAAAACAACCAGUUUCUUCCCCUUUGUCCUGCU